AUGCUCCUCGCGGCCGUUGCGGCGCUUUUCUUGGCGGAAUUUCUCGCGUCGCCCGCGCAGAUUAACUCGCCGGCGCGGCUGGGGGACGGCGCGUGGUGGGCGGCGGCCCCCGCGGAACGCGAGUGGCGGAAGGCGGGACCCGGCGCCGGUGGUUCGCGGACGGCGGGAAUGGAAGGCGGAGGGGAGGAAGAUGCGGGGCAGGCGCAAGGCAAUGAAGGGCAACGGGAGCAGGAGCAACAGCAGGAGCAGUUCAAUCAACAUCAAGGGGAGUGGCCGCAGCAGACAGAGCAGCAGCAGCAGCAGCAGGCCGCGUGGAAUGCGGGGGACGAGGCGAAGGCGCGAGAGAAUAAAGAGCGGGGCGAAGAGGCCGCGGCAGUGUCCGAAGAGUCUUCCGACGGAAGCAGCAGCGGCGCAGAGCGGGUGGGAGCGGCGCCGCCGCAGCCAUCGCAGGCGCAGCUGUCGCCGCAGCAGCAGCGGGCGUACCGGGACGAGAUGAAACGCGCAGCGGCGCGCGGCGAGCGGUACUACCUCGUAUGGUCGCCCACGUGGGACCGCCGGCAGCCAGUGAUGCUGAUAGAGCACUUUGAGGCGCGCUUUGGCCCGUGGCACACGGUGCCGCCGCUCUACUUCGACAUGGGGCCGCGCACGGGCGAGCUCGCCAAGCACAAGGACGCCUUCCUGGUGGUGCGCGUGCCACAGGAGGAGCAGUUCGGGUACAUGGUGUGCUACAAGAAGACCAACCAGGACGUGGUAACACCAGACCCGGACUUUCUGCGACCCAUCGACCCGCACGUGAAGAUCGCAUCAACCAUGGCCAACGCCAUGGGAGGGCCGCAGCAGUUUGACUUUGUGCACGUGCGGCGCGGGGACAAGGUCAACCCUAAGAUGUGGCCGCAUCUCGACCGCGACACGCGACCUAAGGCCCUGCUGCAGAAGCUCCCAGAGCGAAUCCCCCCAGGCAGCACGCUCUACAUCGCGACCAACGAGAGAGACACGCACUUCUUCGACCCGCUGCUGGCCGUGUACAAGCUGUACAAGGAGGAGUACUUCGCCCAGCUGUGGGCCGAGGGGUCCGUGUGGGAGCGCGAGAUGCGCGUGGUGGCGGCAGGCGUGGGCGUGGAGGGGCGAGUGGAGGCGGACAGUGAGGUGCUGGUGCUGGUGGACUACCAGCUCAAGGCCCUCGCACGCAACGCUCUUGAGACCUUUAAUGAUCUCACGGACGAUCCUCGGGAUGGAGUUCUGGCGGCUGGAGGAAAGAGCUGA